AUUGGCGAAUAGUUUCCUUAGGUGGUCAGGUUUGGCCUUAGUAUUUUAUUAUACAGACAGGCUGCCUUGCCUGAGUCGGUGUAGUGAUCUGCUGCCCGUAACAAUGAAGGUGGCGUUCCUGUUGGCCACCUUGGCGGUGGCCGCAAGCGCCGAGGUCUACCUUAAGGAAACCUUUGAUGAUUCCUGGGCGGAUCGUUGGGUGAAGUCUAAGUGGAAGCAGAGCGAGGGUCAAGCUGGCGAUUUUACGCUCAGCGCCGGGAAAUGGUAUGGCGACGCUGAGGCGGACAAGGGUAUCCAGACGGGACCGGACUCCAAAUUCUUUGCGACUUAUGCGACCUUGGACAAGGUCUUCGACAACACUGGCAAGGAUACAGUUGUGCAGUUCUCGGUGAAGCAUGAGCAAGACCUGGACUGCGGAGGCGGUUACAUUAAGCUGAUUCCAGCUUCCAGCGAGAAGCAGAUGGAGUCCUUCGGCGGUGAGACACCCUACUCCGUCAUGUUCGGUCCUGAUAUUUGCGGCUACUCUACUCGCAAGAUUCAUGUCAUUCUUACUUACAAGGGUAAGAAUUACUUGAUCAAGAAGGACCUGAAGGCGGAGUCUGAUCAGCUGACGCACGUUUACACCCUGGUGAUUAAGCCCGACAACACUUACAAGGUUUACGUCGACCUGAAGGAGGUUGCCUCGGGCUCUCUCUUCGAGGACUGGGACAUGCUGCCUCCAAAGACUGUUAAGGACCCUAAGGCCAAGAAACCUGAGGACUGGGACGAGCGUGAGGAGAUUGCGGAUCCCGAGGACAAGAAGCCCGAUGGCUGGGAUGACAUCCCCGCUACCAUCCCGGAUAAGACUGCCACUAAGCCGGAUGACUGGGAUGACGAGGAGGACGGCGCCUGGGAGGCUCCAACCAUCCCGAACCCUGAGUACAAGGGCGAGUGGAAACCGAAGAUGAUUCCGAACCCUGCCUACAAGGGCAAAUGGGUUGCCCCUGACAUUGAUAACCCCGAGUACGUCCACGAUGACACCCUCUAUAACUUCAAGGACCUCAAAUUCGUGGGCUUCGAGCUCUGGCAGGUGAAAUCGGGCUCCAUCUUCGAUAACAUCAUUGUCACAGAUGACUUCGAUGUUGCUAAGGCUUUUGCUGAGGAGACCUGGCAGAAGACCAAGGAUGCUGAGAAGGAGAUGUUUGAUAAGGUAAAGAAGGAGGAGGACGAGAAGAAGGCGAAGGAGGCCCCGCCGCCAUCUUCCGAGGAGCCUGCCGAGGAGGACGAGGACGAUGAGUACGAGGACUCCAAGGAGGAGCCGGCUCACGUCGGCACCAUUAAGCUGCCGGAUGAGGAGGAGUCCAGUGGACAUGAUGAACUCUAGACUGAGCGAGACUUCUUUAGGAUAGAUGUUCUGCUCGCGUGGGGCUUGCUUGGGCACAUGACCGUGUUAGAUAGACGUGACCAUUCGUGACCUGACUCUUAAGCUAACGAGAAAUGGGAGACCGAUGACUUGAUUUAGGCAGGAUGACUGUUCGGGCAGGCGCUCGGUAGACGAAGGAUGUAAAACUUUGCUUACAUUAAGAUUGACAAUAUGAAAGCCAUGCGUGUGUAUAUUUGAUCUGCAGUGGGGUAGUCGCAUGCGAUCGCGGCUCGGCGAAAAUCUGCUGCGUUGUGAUAGCGUCGGAAGACUGCACUGUAAUGAUCACCGUACAUUGUGUGCAAGAAAAGGAGUGGGCAGUGGGACAGAGGAUCCAGAACACCAACUCGAGAGCCAAUGUCAUUCCGGCAUUUGGUACGGCAGUGCCAUGGUGUACGGAAACUGCUCACCUCUGCGGAGAAGUAUUUUAAUAGCACGUGGUUG